GGCGUUUGGGUCAUAUAGGAAUCAACUUAUCAGUCCGUUUGUCUGUCUGCACGUGCAAUCUUUUCCAGGCUAUAACUUUGUAAUGUAGAAUCACUGGAAGGUCAUGCUGAUACAAAGAUUGAUUAUGAUCUAAGAAUGAGUUUUGGGAUUAAACAAUGGCAUUUUGUCUAUUCGAGGUCAUAAAUAAAACAAUGAAAGAUUUGUCCGGGCUAUGACUUUGUAAUGGAGGUUCAUUGGAAGCUCGUGCUUAGUAUACAGACUGUUUUUGAACAGAGAAAGUGUUCGAUUUAUUGUUUUCAAGUAAUCAUGUUUAAACUUUGUAAAUCAUAAACCAACAAUUAUAAUAUAUACACUUAGAAACAUACAAAACUACGAUAAGGGCUCAGUCAAUGGGGCGUUGGGUCAAUCAUCAUAUGUAAUUAUGAAUUAAUGGUAUUUUUAUGCCCCCGUAAACGAAGUUUCGGGGGUAUAUAGUUUUUGUCGUGUCCGUCUGUCUGUCUGUCUCUGUUUGUCUGUCAGUCCGCAAAAACUUUAACCUUGCCCAUAACUUUUGAUUUAGUGGAGCUAUGGCAUUCAUAUUUCACAUGUGUAUUCCUUUAGACAAGACCUUUUUUUGGGUACCACUAAAUUUGACAUUUUGACCUUGACAUUGGAGUUUGAUCAACUUUUACACAAAAAUUUUGAACUUUUACUUUGGCCAUAUCUUUUGAACUGUAGAUACCAGGGUAUUUAUACUUAAGUUGUGUAUUUUUUGUAAGAAGACCUUUCAUUGGAUAGCAACAAUCUUGACCUUUUGACCUUGACCUUAUAGAUUUCCAUACUUACGAAAAAAUUUUAACCUUGGUCAUAACUUUUGAACGGUAGGGGCUAGGGCUUUCAUACGUCAAAUAUGUAAUCCUUGUGAGAAGACCUUUGAUUGGAUAUCAACAACUUUGACCUUGACCUUGGAGUUUGACUUUCUUUUUACAAACUUUAACCUUGGCCAUAACUUUUGAACAGUAAGGACCAACGCUUUCAUACUUACCAUAUAUGUAAUCUUUGUGACAAGGCCUUUCUUUAGAAACCAACAACCUUGACCCUUUGACCUUGACCCAGAGUUUGUCCUUCCUUUAAAAAUGUUAACCUUGGUCAUAACCCUUGAACAGGUGGUGCUAGGGUUUUUUUUAUUUCACAUAUGUAUUUCUUCUGAAAAGGCCUUACUUAAGGUACCAACAUAUUUGAUCAGCAUUGGAGAAAGCUUAACCUUCGCUAUGUUGCCAUACGGGGGCAUCGGUGUUUCACAAACACAUCUUGUUUGAAGGUGGUAUUGAUAGGGCCACUUUAUAUAUAUAGCUGCAUCUUAUAGUGGAAAUUCAGAAACAACAGGAUGGAAGAAGUCUUUAAAAUUCUGUAAAGAAAAAGGGACAUAUUUACUGGGAAACAUAAGUAUUAACAAUGCAUCAGCUGCUUGUAAGAUCAUCAAUAAUCCGCGGUCUGGACUUACCUGGAUCGGAAUUCUAAGACAACCAGUCCUUGUUGGCAGUGAAGAUGACUUUGAAGGUAUUAUAGAGGAAAAUGUUCUACAGUGUCAAAGGUGUUCGAAAGGAGGAUGUGAGUUUAAAGACUGCAACAAAGAGGCUUUUGCUGUAUGUAAACAGACGGAAUAUUCUUUUAUCUUUCUUUGCAAAGAAUCCAGAAGAAGUAUCCAUGACCGAGUUUAGUACACAAACAGCAACAGAAAGUUACACUGAGUCUGAGAGGUCGGAUUUGAACAGUACAAACAUCACAUCAAAGAAUUCAUCAGAAGUAUCCAUGACCGAGGAUAGUACACAAACAGCAACUGAAAGUUUGGAUUUGAACAGUACAAACAUCACAUCUAACCAAUCAGGGGCGGACAAAAGAGAAAUAAUUAUCACUGUGUCUACAAUUACCACCCUUCUUUUGAUCCUCUUUCUUUCUGCAUUCUGCUUUGUAAGGUAAGGACCAGAAUGA